AUGGAGACGUCGUUGAAUGAUUCAUUGACUUUAAAUUCGAGCUCACUACCGACAACAUUAGAAAAGCCCGCUACUGUUGUCAUUCCAGAUACAUCCAUCAGCAUAUACGAAAUCCGCUCGAACCGACGUCGUCUCUUCAUUUUAAUUAUACUCGCUUUCUCUGGUCUUCUCUUACCGUUUUCUGACAGUGUCUACCUGCCAUCAUUAGCAAAUAUUGAACAUGACCUGCAUGCUAGUACUACACUAGUUGAUUACACGGUAUCUACUUACCUAAUUUGUGCAGGAAUAUUUAGUUUAUUGUGGGGCCCGUUGAGUGAUCAAUUUGGACGUAAAAUUAUACUGUUGUUAUCUUUUAUUAUCUUUCUUGGUUUUACAAUCGUAUGCAUUUUAGCUAGGUCUAUCAUUGUACUACUCAUAUUUCGUUCAUUACAAGGUGCGGCAAUAUCAGCAUCAUUAGUUGUUGGACAGAGUGCCAUCGUUGACAUGUAUCAACCAGAUACACUUGGCUUUGCUAUGGGCCUUUUUCUUGUACCAUUUCUAAUUGGACCUAUUCUAGGUCCAUUCAUAGGUGGUAUACUAUCGAACACAUUUGGGUGGCGGAGUACUUUUAUUUCAUUAGCCAUCAUGAGUGUGAUCUCUGCUCUGUUGAUUCUUAUAUUUGUUCCUGAAACUCAUCAUUAUCGUGUUCUUCAACAAUUGUCACGUGAUGUAAAAAAGAAAUGUAAACAUGGAAAUCAAACAAACACAGUUAUUGUACGCGAAGCACACAUUAUUUUGAAGCCUCGUUUUGUGUCUCCCUGGUAUCCAUUUUUAGCUCUUUCCGAUAUGACUAUUGCGCCACAUGUAGCUGUCUGCAAUAUGAAUUUUACCGCUCUAUUUAUUUCAUUGACUCUCAUGUCUAAUCGAGAAUCUCAAGAACCAUACACACUUUCUUCAUUGCAUAUUGGAUUUUCUUACAUUCCCACAGGUGUAUUAGCUCUUCUCGGUAGCUUAACUGGUGGUUGGAUUUCUGAUUGGUCAGCAAAACAUUUUUCUCAAGCGAUGGAAGGUCGACUAAUUCUUAAUUUGAUUGGUACUCUAAUGUGUCCGAUUGGUUUACUAUUAUAUGGAUGGACCUUUCAUUUUGGUAUUCAUUUAGCUUUACCAUUGAUUGGCUCGACACUAUUUAGUUUCGGGGAAUCAUUCAUGUAUUCUAGCACUUGUGCAUUUGUAAAUAUUAAGAAACCAGCCAUGGCUGGUAGCCUUCUUGCACUUAUCAAUGCUAUCAGUUUUGUAUGUGCUGGCAUUGGUAUUAUCGUUGCUAUUCCAUUGGUCACAUUGGUAGGAUUCGGACCAUUACUUAGUCUUGUGGCUGGACUCUCAUUUUUACUUAUAUGUAUCUCAUUGAUAAUCGUAAUAUAUCAAUUACGAAGCUCUAAACUUUCGCUUGUUUGUCCCAAUGAACUGUUAAAAGCAACUUCCCUAGGAAUAUGCACAGCACAAUCAGAGGAUAUAAUUUCAGUCCAAUGGUUCUAG